GGUUCAUAAACGUUGUUAGAAAAUUUGAGCUUCUUACCAUUACUCCUAAUGCUGAUUGUUAAUGCUUGUGGUUCCCCUUUUUUUCCAGAGUUUGAGAUUGGAUUACGUCACAAAUGCAAGGAUAGAUCACAUAACAUCGAUCAACAGCAAGAACCUCCACAUCGGCCUUUUCGCAAGCCACGACAUAACAAUUAGCAGCAUCAACAUAUCAGCCCCCGCUAACAGCCCCAACACCGACGGAAUCCACCUCGGUUUGUCACAAAACAUCCAAAUCUUGGACGCAGCGAUCGCCACCGGCGAUGACUGUAUAAGCUUCGGCACUGGAACAAACAACGUCAACAUCAGCGGCGUUCACUGCGGUCCAGGCCACGGAAUAAGCAUCGGAAGCCUUGGCAAGAUAGUUGGUGACAAUGUUUCUUUUGUGGACAUAAGAAACUGCACCUUCUUUGGUACUCAAAAUGGAGUGAGGAUCAAAACAUGGGCUCCCUCUGAACCAGGCCUUGUGUCACAUAUUACCUUCGAGCAAAUUCAAGUCGAUCAGGUCAAAAACCCCGUCAUCAUCGAUCAACAAUAUUGCCCUUCUCGUAUUUGCGAUCCAGAGGUCUACUCCCGAGUUCAAAUCGAAGAAGUUCGGUUCAGUAACAUUUGGGGUACUUCAAUCACCCAAAAUGUAGUUAAUCUUAAAUGUAGCAAAGCUACACCCUGUCAGAAGAUUGGGUUGAAUGAUAUCAACCUAACUUACAGCGGUCGUGAGGGACCGGCUCAAUCAAGAUGUUCAAACGCAGAUGUCAGAAUUUCUGGCCGGCAAAAUCCCCCCGCUUGCACAGGCAAAGAUAAAGCUUUAGGAUGAACAAUGCAGUUUUUCUGUAUGCAAGUCUAUGUACUUCUUUGUUGCAUCCAUUUGGUGGAAAUAUGAGCCAGUGAAAUUGCACCAAUAUGUUAACUUUCAAAUUCUGAUUACGAUUCAAUACUGUAAACUGCAAGUGGCCCUUUACCACAAUGGUGGAAAGGUGUUGAGCUAUUACAUGACGGCAUAGAUUUGAAUCCCAUCGGUGACUAAUUUAACAUCUAAUCUAACAAAAUAUAUCUUUUGACCAAAAAAAUGAAAUAAAAAUACCAUAAACCCUAGGCCUCGUUUGGUGUCUAGAAGAGAUUUGGAUUGGAUACUAAACUAUAGAUU